AUGUCAUUCUCGCAAGACAUGAAGAUCGCCUUCCACAAAGCUACCAUACAGAGAAUUUUACAUAAAUAUCAGGAUGGUAACUGGUUAACCGUACUGAUAUUGCUUCCAGAGACCCUACGACUAGAAAUAAUCAUGGACGCCCAAACUAUUCAAGCUGCACUUGCCGCUGCGCUUGCCAAGCAAUCCUUAGCACACUACAUGUGGCGUAGCGGAGGAGUGGGUUUCCAGAAAGAUACAAAGCCGGCAUAUUUCACCCUCUUCCCUUCGCUACCUAUUGAGCUUCGGCACAUGAUCUGGGAAUUCUCGCUGCCCCCUGAUGAGCGUGAGAUAUGGCUCCAGGAAGCACCCGGGAACUGGCUUCCCCUGCUCCCGAUCACAUUCCCGAUAGCCAUGCACGUAUGCCGAGAAGCGCGAGCAUUCGCCCGACAGCGUCUUCAGCUCAACCACUCUCUAGCCCAGCCCUUUGAGACACAUUGUCGAGGUUUCCGCCCCGAUUUGGAUAUAUAUAUAUACCUUUGCCCACGGCCCCGUUGUCCGUAUCCAUGUCUGCAGAGAGGGCAGAGGCCUUCCAUGCUCAGGCCUGCAAGGGAAUCGAUGCUGAGCCGCGGAUAUAACGUAGCGCCUAUACUCUGGCGAUAUCAUCUUGUAGACCUUGCAAAGAAAUUACUACCUGAAUGGGACGACGAUGCCAAGGCUACUUUAUGGGACGACGAACAGCAGACGUUGAAGUUCAGCAUCAAGGACACCUUUAAGGGAGAGUGUCACGGUACGGCUAGGUGGACCCCUGGUGUUGGAGAGACAUAUUUCCUUGUUCCUUCUUCUUUUCUCGUGCAACAACACAUUGUUUUCAUCUACUUUAAUACAUCGCGCUGGACGUGA